AUGCAGAUUUUUGUAAAAACUUUAACUGGGAAGACAAUCACCCUUGAGGUGGAAUCUUCCGAUACGAUCGAAAAUGUAAAGACCAAGAUUCAAGAUAAAGAAGGUAUUCCUCCGGAUCAGCAAAGAUUGAUCUUUGCCGGAAAACAGCUUGAAGAUGGUCGUACUCUUUCCGAUUACAACAUACAAAAAGAAUCGACCUUGCAUUUGGUACUUCGUUUACGUGGUGGUGCCAAAAAACGUAAGAAGAAGACGUACACCACUCCGAAAAAGAUUAAGCAUAAGAGAAAGAAGGUUAAAUUGGCGGUAUUGAAAUAUUAUAAGGUCGACGAGAAUGGUAAAAUGACUCGUCUUCGAAAAGAAUGUCCAAAUAGCUCAUGUGGGGCUGGAAUCUUUAUGGCACAGCAUUAUGACCGUCAAUAUUGUGGAAAGUGCGGCCUUACCUAUGUAUUCAAAACAUCCGAACAAGAAUCUUGA